AUGGGUCGCGCUUCUGAGGCACUGAACCCAGCCAGUGCCUCGGAGUUCGACUUCAGUCAUGAAAACAAUAGUCACUGGAUAGCCGUUCGUCCGGUGAAACUGUUCAACAACCGAAUAAACCCUCCUAAUCACUGUCACGAUCAGAUGCGUAGACAAAUCAAGCUGGAAUCUACUGCCUCCUUCUCCUAA